UAAAGACGAAAGUAUUUUCUCUGUAGAAACCAAAAAAAAAAAACAUUUUGCGAAGAAAUAAGAAAUCGCUUCUGAAUCUCUGGUCUCAUUCCGAAACGAAAAAGUCCCUCGGUUUUUUCAUAUCCAACAUUGCCGAAUUAGGGUUUAUAUAGUCUUGAAUUAGAGGUCGAAAAUGGAAGCAGAAGUGAUCCAAGCGGAGCUGGUGUUGCCGACUCACCUGAGUUUCAAGAAAAUCCAAAUGUACGAGAAGUAUCCCAAAGGCCAGUCCAGAGGCAGGCACUGGAAACACCUCAAGCAGAUCAUCCAAGCUGAAAAUUACCAGAAUUACCCUCCUGAUGAACCCAAUUAUGUUAACAUUGAGUCGCCUCCUUCUAUGCAUCCUUGCAAAAAAAUUUGUGACAUUACAGGAUAUGAGGCACCUUACUCCGAUCCCAGGACGAAUCUCCGCUACGCAAAUGCUGAGGUCUUCAAAAUCAUAAGAUCACUUCCGAAUGAAUAUGUGCAGAGAUAUCUGGCUGUGAGGAAUGCUGCCGUGGUUCUAAAGUAAAUUUCCUAGUUUCUGCAGACUACAGAGUUUCACACUAUUGCUGUUAUUACAAUUGUUUUCUCUUUCAAUGGGUUAUAGUUUAAGAUUGGUAAGCUUGCUUUGAAUGAAAUAUUGUUUAUUGCUCUUU